AAGGGAGCUAGCUGCUUUCUCCUAGGACUGCUUGUGGGUGUAGGAAGCUGUGACUGAGCUGGGUUUGGAAAGAGGGAUUACCAGCCAGUCCAAGACAUGUGAUGACUUGACUGUUUACCCUCCGGGGCAUUCUGGGUACAUUAAAGAUAUAGUCUAUAUUUAACUCAGCCUCUGAAAUCGCACUGGGGGACUUUUCAGUCCUUCUCAGUCAUGCUCUUAGUUCAAAAUUGAAGUGGAUUUCCUUCACAUUUUCUACAUUAUGUCCUGGGAGUCAUAAACAAGAAGCAAACAGUGGAUUGCAAAAAGAGUGAUCCAGAUCAGCCUAACAGCCCGAGGAAGGCUUAGUGAGAGGAAAAAAAGAAACAAGCACAUCAAAAACCAAAAUCAAAACAAGGAGCCCCUUUUAUGGCUACUUCUGAUUGACCUGGGAAGCGUGUCAGUCUCGGCGCAUCUCCUAGAGACCCUGGAAGGAAGACUGGGUCACGUGACGCUCCCCGCCCCCUCCCCAUGACGUCACUCCCGCGUUGGCAGCCGUAGCCCGGGAGAAAGGAUGCUCUCUCUGUCGGUGGGGCUGGGCUAAGCGAUGUUGCAUUGCAGGUGUUAUUAAUAUGGUUAAUGCAGGAGAGAUGAAUGGGUCUGGUAACCUGAUGGAUUUCCUUGAUGAACCUUUUCCUGAUGUUGGAACCUAUGAGGACUUUCACACUAUUGACUGGUUAAGGGAAAAAUCACGUGACACAGAUAGACAUAGGAAGAUAACUAGCAAAAGCAGAGAAUCCAUAUGGGAGUUCAUCAAAAGCUUGUUGGAUGCUUGGUCAGGAUGGGUCGUGAUGCUUCUCAUUGGUCUUUUGGCAGGUACUUUGGCGGGAGUCAUAGAUUUAGCUGUGGACUGGAUGACAGAUCUAAAAGAGGGAGUUUGUCUAUCUGCAUUUUGGUACAGUCAUGAACAGUGUUGCUGGACAUCCAACGAGACCACUUUUGAGGACAGGGACAAGUGUCCAUUAUGGCAGAAAUGGUCUGAGCUUCUGGUAAAUCAAUCAGAGGGUGCAAGUGCAUAUAUUUUGAACUACUUUCUGUACAUACUAUGGGCUCUCUCUUUUGCGUUUUUGGCUGUCUCCUUAGUCAGGGUGUUUGCGCCAUAUGCCUGUGGUUCUGGUAUUCCAGAGAUAAAGACUAUCUUGAGUGGUUUUAUUAUAAGAGGCUACUUGGGAAAGUGGACGCUCUUAAUCAAAACUGUUACUCUAGUCCUGGUGGUAUCUUCUGGCCUAAGCCUUGGAAAAGAAGGCCCUUUAGUACAUGUAGCUUGUUGCUGUGGUAACUUCUUCAGUAGCCUGUUUUCCAAGUAUAGCAAGAAUGAGGGAAAGAGAAGGGAGGUACUUUCAGCUGCAGCGGCUGCUGGGGUCUCUGUUGCCUUUGGUGCCCCAAUUGGGGGUGUACUUUUCAGUCUUGAAGAGGUCAGUUACUACUUUCCUUUAAAAACUCUCUGGAGGUCAUUUUUUGCUGCCCUGGUGGCUGCUUUCACACUGAGGUCCAUCAAUCCCUUUGGGAACAGCCGUCUGGUUCUUUUUUAUGUAGAAUACCACACGCCCUGGUACAUGGCUGAACUCUUCCCCUUCAUCCUCCUUGGUGUCUUUGGAGGUCUCUGGGGGACCCUUUUUAUUCGCUGUAACAUUGCCUGGUGUCGAAGACGGAAGACCACACAGCUAGGAAAGUAUCCCGUGCUGGAGGUCAUUGUGGUGACAGCCAUCACUGCCAUAAUUGCCUACCCUAACCCAUACACUCGCCAGAGCACCAGUGAGCUCAUCUCGGAGCUGUUCAACGACUGUGGAGCUUUGGAGUCCUCCCAGCUCUGUGAUUACAUCAAUGACCCCAAUAUGACCAGACCUGUUGAUGACAUUCCUGAUAGACCAGCUGGGCCCGGGGUUUAUACUGCAAUGUGGCAGCUGGCUUUAGCCCUCAUCUUCAAAAUCAUCAUUACAAUAUUUACUUUUGGCAUGAAGAUCCCUUCAGGCCUUUUCAUUCCCAGCAUGGCUGUGGGAGCCAUGGCGGGCAGAAUGGUGGGGAUAGGAGUAGAACAGCUGGCUUACCACCACCAUGACUGGAUCAUCUUCAGGAACUGGUGCAGACCUGGGGCAGACUGUGUCACUCCUGGACUUUAUGCAAUGGUGGGAGCUGCAGCCUGUUUAGGUGGAGUUACCCGAAUGACUGUUUCCUUGGUGGUGAUCAUGUUUGAGUUAACAGGAGGUCUGGAGUACAUUGUACCGCUAAUGGCAGCCGCCGUGACGAGCAAGUGGGUAGCAGAUGCUUUUGGAAAAGAGGGAAUCUAUGAGGCACACAUCCACUUAAAUGGUUACCCAUUUCUAGACGUGAAGGAUGAAUUCACUCACAGGACACUGGCAACUGAUGUCAUGAGGCCCCGGCGCGGGGAGCCGCCACUUUCCGUGCUCACUCAAGACAGCAUGACAGUGGAGGACGUGGAGACACUGAUUAAAGAAACAGAUUAUAAUGGCUUCCCUGUGGUGGUUUCCAAAGACUCAGAACGCCUCAUUGGCUUUGCCCAGAGAAGAGAACUCAUUCUUGCCAUAAAAAAUGCCAGACAACGACAGGAUGGGAUCGUGAGCAAUUCCAUCAUGUAUUUCACUGAAGAGCCCCCUGAAUUGCCUGCGAAUAGCCCCCAUCCCCUGAAGCUGCGGCGCAUUCUGAACCUGAGCCCCUUCACAGUUACUGACCACACUCCCAUGGAGACAGUGGUGGACAUCUUUCGGAAGCUGGGUCUCCGACAAUGUCUGGUGACUCGUAGUGGGAGACUGCUGGGCAUCAUAACAAAAAAGGAUGUGCUAAGACAUAUGGCCCAGAUGGCGAAUCAGGACCCUGAAUCCAUCAUGUUUAAUUAGGGCACUCCUACUUCUAAGGCAUGUGAAUAUUACUUUGGAGAAAAAUGGAACAAAAAAAAGGUUGCAUUGACAUCUUUUUAAAAAAGAAACUAAAAUGCCACCAAACCAAAAUGAAAACCUUUACACAGGGAGCAGCAUGGAACACAACUUUGAAAGGAGUUGAAGAAGAAUGAGACAUUUAUUAAAUGGGUAUAUAGGUUAGCACUUUAACCCUCUACAAAUUUCAAACUGUGUUUCCUUAAAGUGUUUACUAACAAUUCAACUGGUACCCAGGUAAGUAUAAAUAGUAUGGUCUAUACAUGGCAAAGGAGGAAAAAUAAUACUAGAGAAACAUAUCAAUCUAGAGGACCAUGUGGGAGGCCUUUAACUUAGGAACAAAUGUGAAGCUUCAAAUUCAAAAGCAAAGAGGAUAAGUAUGUAAACCUCUUUAUUUAUUUGUAACUGAAAUUUUGUUGCUUUGUUAUUGAAUCAUAAAAAGACAUUUGUCACUUACUUUGUUUUCAAAAUUAAAUUUGAAGAGAUUUAAAGCUGUAAAUAUGGAAAGAAAUCCACUCAUGGAAAGUCUUUUUUUUUUUUUUUCCUGUCUUCUCACAUAUAAUUAUUUUGGUCACCCAGUUGUAGCCUAGCCCAUUACCACAGCUGUGUUAAAAUCAAAGAUGUUUGGGAGAGUGAAUUUUUUCUCUAUGCAAGACUUAAGUCUUAAAACUGCACUAUGAAAGUAUUCUUGAGUUUGGCCCUGGAUUUUAUUGCUGUCUUUACAAAGAAACAAAACUGGUGAUUUAUUUGUAUCUGAGUUGCAUUAGCCUAAUUUCUCCAUUUCUCUUGAUUAAAUCUUCUUGAAUACAAUUCAGUUUAGCAUGGGUCAAUAGAAAUACUUUUGGCCACUAGCAUGCAAUAAAAACUUGUCCCAAGUUCCAAGUGGGGCAUAUAACAGCCUUUGUUAAUACCUUCUUGUCACCAGAUCUUUUUAAUUACUGUAGUCAAAUAGAAUAAAGGUUCAUAAUGGAAAGCCA